AUGGCCUCUCCCAAUGGCACGGCCACUGCGCCGCCAAACCGAGCCUCGCCAGUCCCGAACCAAGCACUUCCUAACGGCAAGCCUUCAUCGCCACUGGUAGCAACGAGCAACAGCAUGGGUACCAGCGGACAACAGACGCCUCAGACCGUGACCUCAAAAGACCCUAAGGCGGCAGCGCAGGCAGCGACAGACAUGAGGAACAUCGUGCGCAGAAAGCUUACUGGAUACGUUGGUUUUGCCAACUUGCCCAACCAAUGGCAUCGCAAGAGUGUGCGAAAAGGCUUCAACUUCAACGUUAUGGUCGUUGGUGAAUCCGGCCUUGGAAAGUCGACUCUCGUGAAUACCCUCUUCAACACCUCCCUCUACCCACCAAAGGAGCGCAAGCAGCCUUCCCUGGACUUUGCACCUAAGACCGUCAGCAUCCAGUCCAUCUCCGCAGACAUCGAGGAGAAUGGCGUUCGCCUUCGCUUGACGGUCGUUGACACACCCGGCUUUGGUGACUUUGUUAACAACGAUGACUCGUGGAGACCCAUUGUGGAAAACAUUGAGCAGCGUUUUGACACCUACUUGGACUCCGAGAACAAGAUCAACCGCAUGAACAUCGUCGACAACCGCGUUCACGCCUGUGUCUACUUCAUUCAGCCAACUGGCCACUCGCUGAAGCCUCUGGAUGUCGAGGUGAUGCGUAGACUGCACACCAAGGUCAACCUGAUUCCUGUCAUUGCCAAGGCCGACACCCUUACUGAUGACGAGAUCGCGUCGUUCAAGCAGCGUAUCCUUGCCGACAUCCACCAUCACAACAUCCACAUCUUUGAAGGUCCACGCUACGAGCUCGACGACGAGGAGACCAUUGCCGAGAACAACGAGAUCAUGUCGAAGGUGCCUUUCGCCGUUGUUGGUGCCAACGCCGAGGUCCAAACGCCAGAAGGCCGCAAGGUCCGUGGCCGUCGCUACCCAUGGGGUGUCAUCGAAGUUGACAACGAAGAGCACUGCGACUUCGUCAAGCUGCGACAGAUGCUUAUCAGGACACACAUGGAGGAGCUCAAGGAGCACACCAACAACUUCCUCUACGAGAACUACCGAUCCGACAAGCUCACAUCGAUGGGUGUCGCACAAGAUCCAAGCGUGUUCAAAGAGGUCAACCCAGCCGUCAAGCAAGAGGAGGAGCGAUCACUGCACGAGCAGAAGCUCGCCAAGAUGGAGCUCGAGAUGAAGAUGGUCUUCCAGCAGAAGGUGCAAGAGAAGGAGAGCAAGCUCAAGCAGAGCGAAGAAGAGCUCUACGCCCGUCACCGCGAGAUGAAAGAGCAACUCGACAGACAACGACAAGAGCUCGAGGAGAAGAAGGCACGCAUCGAAAGCGGUCGCCCAGUCGAGGAGAAGGGCCGCAAGAAGGGUGGCUUCUCGCUCCGCGGCUAA